UUGAAAGUGAGAUUUAUGAUAGCAAUCGUACACAAUCAUCGAUUGUUCAUUUUUGUCCAAACACAAUCGGAACGCAUGCAUACAUGUUUACAAAGGACAGGAUCUCAUAUGAGGAGUGCUACGUCGAAUACUUUGCUAUUAAGAUUGUGAAAAAUAAAUAUGGCGGAUAACCCAGCUUUUGUUACGGAUGAGCAGAAACCGGGAGAUUUUGCGAACAAUCAAGGUUACAUUAGUGAUAAGCAGACACCUGGACAUUUUGGGUAUAUGUCACAUGGAUCGUUCCGAAGAAUUGAUCCCGAAUCGUAUAUCACUGACAAAAAAGCGCCGGUCCCUUUAGAUACGAUCAGCGAUGGAACAGUCCUUCCGAGGAAACCCGAAGAACCUUCGGAACCGGAAGUAAGGUGCGUUUCAACGUGGCUCUGUUUGUGCAUCAAAAAUGAGAAAGUGAGGAUUUAUAAGAAUAUUGUCAUAAUGAGCUUGACUUUUUUGUUUAACUUCACCGCAUUCCAGUCGUUGUCAAAUCUCCAGAGCAGUCUGAAUAUAACAGCUAACCUCGGGACGAUUAGUUUAGCUGUAGUCUAUGGAGCACUUGUUCUGUCCUGCAUGUUCCUGCCAAAAUUCUUGAUCCGCCAUCUUGGUUGUAAAUGGACGGUGACCUUAGCGGUGUUGUGCUAUACGGUCUACAUUGCCUGCAAUUUCUACCCUGCGUUUGAAACGCUCAUUCCCGGUGCUAUCGUACUUGGCUUCGGGGCAGCUCCUCUCUGGUCAGCUAAAUGUACAUAUUUGACAGAGACUGGGAUCGAAUACGCUAAAUUGUCAGGAGAGAGGUCAGAGGUCGUCAUUAAUCGUUUCUUUGGAUUUUUCUUCCUUGUCUUUCAGACAGGUCAAAUAUGGGGAAAUCUGAUUUCAUCCCUUGUUCUGAACACAGCUAACGGGACAUAUACCAUAUCGGACGAAGAGCUUGAUAAAUGCGGGGCAAAUUUCUGUCCCACCACCAAUAUCACGAACCAAAACCUGAGUAGUCCUGAUGAGGAAAGGAAACGCACGAUGAUUGCGAUAUAUCUUGGCACCUCUGUAGCUGGUUCGCUUCUUGCAUUUCUUUUUCUGGACACCUUGAAACGUGAAAAGGUCGAAGCGGAGAGAAAUAGACCGGAUGCCUCGUUGAACGAUGAUAGAUCCUGUUCUGAAAAGUGGAAACCCCAAAUGUUAGUGGCUACUUUCCUGCACAUGCGCAAUUUCAAUCAGUUACUGCUAAUACCAUUGACGAUUUAUAGCGGUUUGGAGCAGGCCUUUUUGGGCGGUGAUUUCACACAGGCUUUUGUAAGCUGUUCUCUUGGAAUCUACAUGGUGGGCUUCACAAUUAUAUGUUUUGGCGUAGCCAACUCACUGUGCUCGUACAUAUUCGGUCAACUAAUGAAAUACAUCGGACGCAUACCAUUUUUCGUGUUAGCUGCUUUAUUGAAUUACGGUGUGCAAAUUGCGUGGUUGCUAUGGCGACCAGAUCCGAACCAGUUAGUCGUAUUCUUUGUAUUCGCUGCUCUGUGGGGGGUCUCAGACGCUGUGUGGCAGGCACAUAUUAAUGCCCUGUAUGGCUCAAUAUUCAGCGACAAUUCAGAGGCAGCCUUCUCCAAUUAUCGUUUAUGGGAAUCGCUUGGUUUCAUCAUAGCCUACGCCUACCAAGGCUUUCUAUGUGUCCCAGUUAAGAUAUACGUUCUCAUCGGCGUCCUCACAAUUGGUAUGGCUGGCUACUUUACAGUUGAAAUACUUGAAAGGAGAAGAAAACGCAAGGAAUAGAUGUCACUAAUGUUUACUGUUUCAGACAUAUUUCUAUAGUAGUUCGUUCGGUGCAUUUCUAUUCGAUACGAUAGCACUGAACGAACUGUUCGGAGAUUGGUAAAGUGCUGUACAUUGAUUGCCAAAUUGAAAAAAAUACAAACAAGUCGGUGCCAAACGUUUUCGAUUGAUUUUAAAAUGUUUUAUUUACAUGUCUACCUUACGAGACAAAUCAUUAUAGAUUUCAAAUUCAAUAAAAUGCUUUACAAUUUCAAAAUUAAUAAUUUUAGUGAAUGAAUUUUUUUAUUAAUAUUCACUUUAUUGUGAAUCUAAUUAACAUGCAUUUUAGAAUUAGCUUUUAUAAAUAUAUAUUUCGCAAUGAUAAGUAUGUAUAUAUAUGUAUAUCAUAUUUGUAAUGAACGCUUGAAUAAUUUUUGUACCUAUUAUGUUAUCAUGUUUAAUGUAUUCUUUGGAUAUUGUGCGUGUUUAUGGGAAGGUCAAGCUACGUGUUUUAAAAGAAUGUGUACAUGAACGUCUAGAUUUUGUUCCACCGGGAUAAGUUCUCUCGUUCGUAAUGAUUAUAUGGAAAGGAGUAAGUUGUUAUGAGGUCCCACAAAAAAUGUGGGACAUUAAUCCAUAUGGUUAAACUAUUACACGUUCAUGUAGUAUACCUUGACCUCCCUAAUUUGUUCAUUGAAUUUAAAAUACAAUUGAAAAAGGUAGCUAUAAUGCAAUAUAAAAA